AUGGACCUGCCACUGGAUGUAAUACGGGAAAUUCUUGGGCACAGCUCUAUUGAGGAAGCAGUAAAAACAAGCAUCUUGUCCGAGAACCCGAUUUAUGCUAAAAAUUGGUCUCGACAUACAGACGUCGUGGUUGACAGCAACUUCUGGGAGGAGCAUUCGACAAGGAAUCAACUAGACCCAGGGGCAGUUGCAGAGAUAGUCUCCGGAAUUCUGUAUAAUCACAAAGGUCCCAUUCGGAAGCUUAUUCUCUGCAUUCCGCGAUGUCUUGUGGAAGUCGUUCCGGUCAUACGAUAUGACUGGGUCCGACAUAUAAAUAAGUGGUUGUUUUCACUACAUUGGAACGAUAUCGACGAAAUCAUCUUGUAUAAUUACAAUGAUGAGACAUACAAGAUCAGUUUUCUAUAUGCGUUGGUAAAUUUGACAAGUUUGGUUCUUGGUAAUUGUAUAUUCUACCAACCAUUUGGAGGCUUUCGGAAUCUCCAUUGCAUUCGUCUUGACAACAUAGAUUUUGGCUCGGAGAUAGUUGGUACUGUUACCUACAAUUUCCCAAAUCUUACCUUUUUCAAGGCUGUAAACUGCUCUGGCUUUAGACAUUUGAAAAUCGAGGCUCCAAACCUUGAGAGGUUUAAUGUUUGUGCCACCAACGGUGAUGAAACGACUAUGUAUAAAUCGGGUCAAAUAGGUUUAAAGCGGGACACCAAAUCGGUGAAGGGGGUGGUGGUUUUUGAUGAGGGACUUGUCUAUCUAAUCGGGUUAAGUAUUCUUCGUCGGCCCCAAGAAGAAGAAACUUGCCCAGAACUUGAACCAAACUCACGGAAGUGGUCUAGACGUUUUCCCAGUUAA